AUGGAGACGUUCAUCUUGUACCGUCAGUUCACCAAGCCCCCAGAGGUGAAACCUGCUAAACAGGAGACUGUGGACUUCUGGAUGGAGCUGAUGCUGCAAGCCUGCAAGCCCACUGUUUCCACUGACCGCUGCCCAGUAAGACCUCACCACAGCUCCCAGUACAUUCAGCUUUAUUUAGUUAGAGCAUAGCAGCAUGUUGCUAAGACACUCUGUCAGACUCCACCACUCCCAGUACUCCCAGUUCCUCAAACCCACAUUGCUUUGUGAGACCUCAAUAGAUUCUCUCUGUCUAGUAUAUAACAGUUCUGGGCAUUCAAAUGCAGUGCAGUAAAAAACAUUUGCUUUAACAUGGAUUUAACUCCACCGUCAGGGGCCUAUUUUACAUUACAUGGUUAGAUAAUUGCUAAUGAAGUUGGCACUUGGCGUCACCCUGCCGGGAGAGUUUGUCACAUUAACAAUGUACAGUACCUUUCUGCAGCAAAAGUAUUUGGAAAAGUAACCUUUUAAUGCCAAGAACUGUUAUCACCAUUAACCAUUGCCGUUCCUCAGGUUCUGAUCCUGGAGCCGACCAAAGUGUUCCAGCCCACCAUAGUGUGUGUGAGUGAGGAGGAUGACAGCUGCACGGUUCAGCUCAACCACAUCACACCCCUAAAGGUACAGACCAUGUUUGGCAUGACAAUGACCAUAAGAGUUGGCUAUACAGCACAAGCAGAUCUGGGAGCAGCUAAACAGACCCCCUAGAUAUUUAACUACUGAGUUAUACUGUACAGGUCUACAGUUUUCAACCUAUCAAGACAUUGAAAGUGGUUAUACAGGAAUGGUGUGAGACAGAAUGGUGUAUUUAACCAGAAUAGGCGUGGAGUGUUUUCAUAACAGCACCACGUCGGUGAGGUGAAAGAAGAUAUGCCUCAUCGCCUGAUGAGGGUACGUGUGCGCCCGCGUGUGUGUGCAGGCGCGUGCAUACUUUGUGUGUGUUUAGACUGUUGAGUGAGCAUUUUGAACAGUCUGCCAUGUCUUCCCUUCCAUAGAAAGGCCAGAAAGCCCAGUGGACUUUCCCAGCCUCGCAAAUCCGGGGAGUGAGGUACGGUAACAGACAGUACAGAGUGUGCUAACAUUUCUAGGCUAAGUUCCAGGCCCUGUGGUGCGUGUCGUGUUCAGGCCUGCAGCCCAUACACAUUACCAGGGCUAGUCUAACAGACCUAAGUUCAAAUAAUAUUUGAAAUAUUUCAGCGUUUGCUUUAGCCUGCCUGGACUUCCAGAUGGGCGGAGUUUGCAGGUUUGCGACUACUCUAUUGGUUCCAUUGUGCCAGGCAAGCUCAAUCAAGCCCAGCUAAAGGAUUUGAAAGGAUUUCAAAUAGUAUUUGAAUGCAGCUUGAGGUCUACUGAGUCUAUACACUUUAACUGUCUGGUGGACUUGGCCACUGGCCAUCAGGGCGUUUUUGUCUGUGCUGUUUUCAAAGACUGUGACUGGAUGUGUGUGUGUGUGUCAGUGUCUAUUUGGCUGUGGAUCAAUAUUACUGUGUACUUUACCCUUGUUUUGCCUACCGAACUGCCUCCAGGGCAAUAGGUAGAUUUCUUUCCUUUCAGUUUAUAUUUGCAACACUAUCACCUGGUGGCUUCAAACGUAUACUACACGAGAUAGAAAGAAAACGUUCUUCUCUGAAUUGGAGAGCCCCAUAUUGAAUGUGUUAUUAUGGGCUUUUCUUGUCUUUAUUCAUAUUCCCUUAACUUUGUUUGCCUGCAUUGGUAUUUUGAGUAUACUUGUUGUUAUUUCAUUGUGGUGCCGCUGUCAGCUUUGAAGUGUUGUGUAGUUCCUAAUCCCCCUCUUUAACCUUUUGACCUGUUCAGUGUUUCAAAGUUUGACGAGCGUAGCUGCUUCCUGUAUGUCCUGGAGAACUCAGAUGACUUCCAACUCUGCUUUCCCAGCGAGCUGCACUGUAAAGGGUGAGUCACACACACUUGCACAUACACACACACACACACACACACCCUUUAGCCCAGCUGUCUAGCAGGAAGGGGUGUAACAACCAACCAUAUCAACCAUUGAUUCAUUCCCCACAUUCUUCACAUAAAACAUACAGAUUGGGCCUGUUCAUUCAACCAUUAUCACAUUAUUGGAUUGUGUUGACAUGACAACUCUGUUAAUGUUUAUUUUACUCUGGCGUAGUGAAAAUAGAGCCUGCUUCACUCUCCCCUUUCUGUGAGGAUUAAUAGGUGUGUGUAUUUUAAAUUGUGUGCUAAUACAGUACAUUAUUAGGUAGGUGUUGUGUAUUGGGAUACAGUCAAUUCCAAGACUUUCUGAGAAGGAAGGAAAUAGGAAGUGGUUUUCAUAGUAGUAUUUGCGGAAUCAGUGAAAGGCAAAUAACUGGCAAUCAAAAGGUCACCUUUAAUACGUCAUGACCUAUAAGAUUGAUAACAGUGCUGUGUACUGAAUUUGAUUGUGUGUGUUUCAGCAGAUUUAUCUCUGAUUUUCCUGUGACGUCCAUGAAUAUAUGACUCACAUGUAUUUGAACAGUUUUUCUAUAUGAUUUAGUUUCUUGUGUGUGCUAUUGCUCCAUCAGGUUCUGUGAGCUGGUCAACUCUCUCCUAAGCCAGGCAGAAGCCCCAGUGGAGUACCCCAGCGAGCUCACUGGAGGAUUACUGGAGGUCAGCUAGGCUCUUUCUCAAUUCAUCUUUCUUCGAUUUCCUCUCUUCUUGCCUCCUUCUGAAAACGCAUUGGAAAGCAGGGUUCGAGGGGAGAGACAUUGGACCUUCUCCUCCAAUAUGGUUGAAAAGGAGGUGAGGAGAAAGGAUUCAAGGAAUUGCGGAGAGACAAAUUGAGAGAGGGCCGUAGAAUCCUAGAAUCCUCCCUCUCGAGGCUGCUUUUCUAUUUUUGACCCCCCUUCUACCCUACCAGUACACAAACAAGCCCUGUCAUGAUGGGGUCAAAAGGUGAAAUGUUUCCCUUAACCGUUGCCAAGUAGUGCUAUGUUUACCGUAUUCCCGACCCCUUAUUUUUGUGUGUGUUAAGUUCCUGGUAUUCACAGAACAUUGGACUCAUUCCAGCAGACCUGGGUUCAAAUACUAUUUGAAAUAACUUCAAAUAGUAUUUCAGUUCACUUUAGUUCAGAGCAGCAGAAGGUCUCUAAAUGAACAUUGUUCCAUCGCUUUGCGCUCUCACUCAACCUUUUCUGUUGUGGUUGCUUGUGACAUUCCUUGCAAUAUUUCUAACCCACACACUCUCUAAAACACAUUUUCAAUGACACACACACACACAUUUAGUUUCACACCUACCUUCCUGUUGAAUGAAACCUUCUCCCUUAUCUCCUGCAGUUUAUCUAUGAGACCAGCGAAAAUGGAGAGAAGGUGGUUCUGGGUAAAGGAACCUAUGGCGUGGUGUAUGCUGGGAGGGACCUGAGCAACCAAGUCCGCAUCGCCAUUAAGGAGAUCCCAGAGAAAGACAGCACGUAUGGAAAACACAUUUGUUUUUGACUGGUCCCAGAUCUGUUUUUGCUGUAUUGUCAAACAAUGACCAUAGUUGUUGACACGACAGCACAAACAGAUCUGUGACCAGGCUACAUUUCUUCGCACAUUAUACCGUAAAUCCGAAUUAUUAUUUUAGCCUAAUACGUAUAAUAUAUUAUACAAUUGUGAGUGAAACGAUAAGUGAUGAAUGCACAGAUGUUUUCCUCAGCAUGCCAAAUGUGUAAUGGUUCUCUGUGGAGGAAAAAAAUGUGUCCAGUGUCCCCAUAGCUCUACACUGGAAUCUACUCCCUGAAGAGAUGGAUGUCUAUUUUGAUUUUUCCAUUCCUUGUUUACGAGGAAAUGUUAGUACUUAGUUCCUCUAUGGAACUAAUGGCCACAUAGACCAAAGCAGCAUAUGACGGGUGCUUGUAAAGCUCUCAUCAAAUUCAUACAGUAUGGUCACAGCUACACCAUGUCAAUGUCAGCACAACUGCAAGAUUAGAGUGUGUAACUUUUAUGUUGUUUUUCAAUGACAGCACAGCUAGCGCUAACAUCAUUUAUGUUUUGUAGCAAUGUUGUUAUAACGGCAGAUGUACACUGUCCCAUUUGGUAAUGCUAUGCUAAUCUGGUUGGUUUUCUCACCAUCUCUGUGAAUCUCAGUUACUCCCAGCCUCUGCAUGAGGAGAUGGCUCUGCACAAGAGGCUGAAGCACAGGAACAUCGUUCAGUACCUGGGCUCUCUGAGUCAGGACGGCUUCAUCAAGAUCUUUAUGGAGGAGGUUCCUGGAGGUACAGAGCAUAGAAAUAUAAUCUAUUUCAAAUAUAUUCUAGAUUAAAUCUCAUUCUGUUUCUAUUGUCCCAUAAACCAGGUCACACAGAACCAGUUUAUUCAGUGUUCAAAUUUCAACUUUCUCUACUACAAAUGAUUUGUCUGUCUUUCAGUCUUUCUCUCUAUCACUCCUUCACUCAGUAUGUACAGUAUUCAUUCAUUCUCUCACGAACGGAAGUUUUGCAAAUCUUAUACUGCCCUGUAUUAACUUUUAAACUGCCAUAUAACUAAGGGUUUCAGUAUUCAGUUCUCAGUUUGUGUGUCUCUCUACUACUCAUUCGCCUUCUUUCAUUCUCUCUCCACCACUCACACACUCUGGUACUGUAUUCACUCAUCUCUCCACCACUCACACACUCUGGUACUGUAUUCACUCAUUCUCUCUCCACCACUCACACACUCUGGUACUGUAUUCACUCAUUCUCUCUCCACCACUCACACACUCUGGUACUGUAUUCACUCAUUCUCUCUCCACCACUCACACACUCUGGUACUGUAUUCACUCAUUCUCUCUCCACCACUCACACACUCUGGUACUGUAUUCACUCAUUCUCUCUCCACCACUCACACACUCUGGUACUGUAUUCACUCAUUCUCUCUCCACCACUCACACACUCUGGUACUGUAUUCACUCAUUCUCUCUCCACCACUCACACACUCUGGUACUGUAUUCACUCAUUCUCUCUCCACCACUCACACACUCUGGUACUGUAUUCACUCAUUCUCUCUCCACCACUCACACACUCUGGUACUGUAUUCACUCAUUCUCUCUCCACCACUCACACACUCUGGUACUGUAUUCACUCAUUCUCUCUCCACCACUCACACACUCUGGUACUGUAUUCACUCAUUCUCUCAUCAAUACUUUCAGUAUUGCUCAUCUUUCUCUGCUCCCCUAAAUAUGAAACUGUCAUUCAAAUCAAAUGUUAUUUGUCACGUGCCAAAUACAAUAGGUGUAGACUUUACUGUGAAAUGCUUACUUACAACCUCCCGAGUGGCGCAGUGGUCUAAGGCACUGCAUUGCAGUGCUAGCUGUGCCUCUAGAGAUCCUGGUUGGAAUCCAGGCUCUGUCGUAGCCGGCCGAGACCGGGAGACCCAUGGGGCGGCACACAAUUAGCCCAGCGUCGUCCAGGGUAGGGGAGGGAAUGGCCGGCAGGGAUGUAGCUCAGUUGGUAGAGCAUGGCGUUUGCAACGCCAGGGUUGUGGGUUCAAUUCCCACGGGGGGCCAGUAUGAAAAAAAAAAAAAAUUAUGUAUGCACUCACUAACUGUAAGUCGCUCAGGAUAAGAGCGUCUGCUAAAUGACUAAAAUGUAAAUGUGAAAUGUACAAGCCUUUUCCUAACAAUGCAGAGUAAAAAAUAAAAGGAAAUGGCCAAAAAAAGGAAAUUGUAACACAAAUAACAAUAACGAGGCUAUAUACAAGAAGUACCAGUACUGAGCCAAUGUGCAGGGGUACGAGGUAGUUGAGGUAAUAUGUACAUGUAGGUAGGGAUAAAAGUGACUAGGCAAUCAGGAUAGAUAAUAAACAGAGUAGCAGCAGCGUGUGUGUGUGUGUGUGUGGCGUCAAUAUGUGUGUGUGUGUGUGUGUGUGAGUGUCAGUGUAGUAUGCGUGAGUUUGUGGGUAGAGUCCAGUGAGUGUGCAUAGAGCCAGUGCAAGAAUGUCAGUACAAAAAAAUGCAUUCGGAAAGUAUUCAGACCCCUUGACUUUUCCACAUUUUGUUACGCUACAGCCUUAUUCUAAAAUUGAUUUAAAAAAUAAAUAAUUCUCAAUCUACACACACUACCCCAUAAUGAAAAGGCGAAAACAUGUUUUGUUUUGUGCACAUGUAUUACAAAUAAAAACGGAAAUACCUUAUUUACAUAGGUAUUCAGACCCUUUGCUAUGACACUCGAAAUUGAUCUCAGGUGCAUCCUGUUUCCAUUGAUCAUCCUUGAGAUGUUUCUACAACUGGAUUGGAGUCCACCUGUGGUAAAGUCAGUUGAUUGGACAUGAUUUGGAAAGGCACACACCUGUCUAGAUAAGGUCCCACAGUUGACAGUGCAUGUCAGAGCAAAAACCAAGCCAUGAAGUCGAAGGAAUUGUCCGUAGAGCUCCGAGACAGGAUUGUGUUGAGGCACAGAUCUGGGGAAGGCAAAAAAUGUCUGCAGCAUUGAAGGUCCCCAAGAACACCGUGGCCUCCAUAAUUCUUAAAUGGAAGAAGUUUGGAACCACCAAGACUCUUCCUAGAGCUGGCCGCCCGGGCAAACUGAGCAAUUGGGGGAGAAGGACCUUGGUCAGGAAGGCGACCAAGAACCCGAUGGUCACUCUGGCAGAGCUCCAGAGUUCCUCUGUGGAGAUGGGAGAACCUUCCAGGAGGACAACCAUCUCUGCAGCACUCCACCAAUCAGGCCUUUAUGGUAGAGUGGCCAGACGGUGUCACGAUCGUCUGGGUAAGGAGUAGUAGACCAAGGCGCAGCGUGUGAAAUAAACAUGACUUUAUUUAAUUAAAGUUCCUAAAUAUAAACAAAACACGAUUCGUGAAGUCCACGGUUAAACAUACCGUCACGGAACAAAAACCCACAAACACAAGGUGAAGACGCACAGUUUAAAUAUGGCUCCCAAUCAGAGAUAACGAGCCGACAGCUGACACUCGUUACCUCCGAUUGGGAGUCACUCAAUACAAACAUAGACAUCGACAACCUAGACACCCAACAUAGAACAUGAACACAUAGAAUGCACACACCCUGGCUCAACAUAAUGAGUCCCAGAGCCAGGGUGUGACAGUACCCCCCCCCUAAAGGCGCGGACUGCGACCGCGCCUCAAAAACCCCAAACAGGGGAGGGCUGGGCGGGCAUACCUCCUCGGUGGCGGUUCUGGCUCCGGCCUUGACCACCACCCUACAAUACACCCCCCAAUGCGCCCCUGGUCCAGUCUGUCGACUCGCACCCCUGGCCUGGUGCGUGGAGGAGGAACGGGCCUUACCAGGCUGACGACACGCGCCCCUGGCUUGGUGCGUGGAACAGGAAUGGACCGGAAUGGGCUGGCGACGCGCACCACAGACUUGGUGCGGAGAGCAGGAACGAGCCGGACAGGGCUGACGACGCACCCCGUAGGCUUGGUGCGUGGAGGAGGAACGGGCCUUACCAGGCUGACGACUCGCACCCCUGGCUUUGUGCGUGGAGGAGGAACGGGCCUUACCAGGCUGACUUCUCGCACCCCUGGCUUAGUGCGAGUGGCAGGAACAGGCCGGACCGGGCUGGCGACGCGCACCGUAGGUUUGGUGCGAGUGGCAGGAACAGGCCGGGUUGGGCUGGCGACGCGCACCGUAGGUUUGGUGCGAGUGGCAGGAACAGGCCGGGUCGGGCUGGCGACGCGCACCGUAGACUUGGUGCGGGUGGCAGGAACAGGCCGGACCGGGCUGGCGACGCGCACCGUAGGUUUGGUGCGAGUGGCAGGAACAGGCCGGGUCGGGCUGGCGACGCGCACCGUAGACUUGGUGCGGGUGGCAGGAACAAGCCGGACCGGGCUGGCGACGCGCACCGUAGGUUUGGUGCGAGUGGCAGGAACAGGCCGGGUCGGGCUGGCGACGCGCACCGUAGACUUGGUGCGGGUGGCAGGAACAGGCCAGACCGGGCUGGCGACGCGCACCGUAGGUUUGGUGCGAGUGGCAGGAACAGGCCGGGUCGGGCUGGCGACGCGCACCGUAGACUUGGUGCGGGUGGCAGGAACAGGCCGGACCGGGCUGGCGACGCGCACCGUAGACUUGGUGCGGGUGGCAGGAACAGGCCGGACCGGGCUGUGGAGACGGAUAGGAGGCCUGGAGUGAACAGCGGCCACCACCCGUCCUGGCUGAAUGCCUACCCUCACACACUCUGUGUGAGGCAUCCGCACAGGACGUACAGGGCGGUGUACCCCUGGCCUGGUGGCCUCCUGGAUUCGCCCCAUCUUUGCCUCCGUCGUCCAUGCCGUGUGCCCCCCCCUAAAAAUUUCUUGGGGUUGCCUCUCGACCCUCCGACGCUGCUCCCACGUCCAGGUUGCCUGUUCCUGGACACGCUGCUUGGUCCUGGUAUGGUGGGUUUUUCUGUCACGAUCGUCUGGGUAAGGAGUAGUAGACCAAGGCGCAGCGUGUGAAAUAAACAUGACUUUAUUUAAUUAAAGUUCCUAAAUAUAAACAAAACACGAUUCGUGAAGUCCACGGUUAAACAUACCGUCACGGAACAAAAACCCACAAACACAAGGUGAAGACGCACAGUUUAAAUAUGGCUCCCAAUCAGAGAUAACGAGCCGACAGCUGACACUCGUUACCUCCGAUUGGGAGUCACUCAAUACAAACAUAGACAUCGACAACCUAGACACCCAACAUAGAACAUGAACACAUAGAAUGCACACACCCUGGCUCAACAUAAUGAGUCCCAGAGCCAGGGUGUGACAGACGGAAGCCACUCCUCAGUAAAAUGCACAUGACAGCCCGCUUGGAGUUUGCCAAAAGGCACCUAAAGGACUCUGACCAUGAGAAACAAGAUUCUCUGGUCUGAUGAAACCAAGAAUGAUCUCUUUGCCCUGAAUGCCAAGCGUCACGUCUGUUUUUCAGCGGCAGGGACUGGGAGAAUAGUCAGGAUCGAGGGAAAGAUGAACGGAGCAAAGUACAGAGAGAUCCUUGAUGAAAACCUGCUCCAGAGCACUCAGGACCUUAGACUGGGGUGAAGCUUCACCUUCCAACAGGACAACGACCCUAAGCUCACAGCCAAGACAAUGCAGGAGUGGCUUCGGGACAAGUCUCUGAAUAUCCUUGAGUGGCCCAGCAAGAGCCCGGACUUGAACCCGAUUGAACAUCUCUGGAGAGACCUGAAAAUAGCUGUGCAGCGACGCUCCCCAUCCAACCUGCCAGAGCUUGAGAGGAUCUGCAGAGAAGAAUGGGAGAAACUCCCCAAAUACAGGUGUGCCAAGCUUGUAGCGUCAUACGUAUCCAAGAAGACUCGAGGCUGUAAUUGCUGCCAAAGGUGCUUCAACAAAGUACUGAGUAAAGGGUCUGAAUACUUAUGUAAAUAUAAUAUUUCCGUUUUUAUUUGUAAUACAUUUGCUAACAUUUCUAAAACCUGUUUUUGCUUUGUCAUUAUGGGGUAUUGUGUGUAGAUUUAUAACGAAAAAUCGAUUUAAUCAAUUUUAGAAUAAGGCUGUAACAUAACAAAAUGUGGAAAACGUCAAGGGGUCUGAAUACUUUCCGAAUGCACUAUAAAUAGUCCGGGUAGCCAUUUGAGUAACUGUUCAGCAGUCCUAUGGCUUGGGUGUAGAAGCUGUUCAGGAGCCUUUUGGUCCCAGACUUGGUUCUCCGUUACCGCUUGCAGUGCAGUAGCAGAGAGAAGACAAAUAUUUUCAGCCUCCUGAGGGGGAAGAGGCGUUGUCAUUACACCCAUGUUGGGAAGCAUCACUGACUCAGUAUGGAGCAAUCACAUAAGUGAUAAUAAAAAGGAGGGGAUAGCAUUCACAUGUUAUCAUUAUAAAAAUGAUGGCACAAAUCACACCCUACAAUUUCAGCUACAUGCUCUUGUGAAGGGUUAGUGAAAACCACCGGAACGUUACGAAAUGAUCGUAUUUUAGUUUCUACUAAGUCUGUGUCUGGAGGUCUUUUGGUGUUUGUGUGUCACGAACAUUGAGAGACGGGUCAGACCAAGGUGCAGCGUGGUAUGCGAACAUGUUUAUUAAACUGGAUAAACACUGACAAAACAACAAACGGCAACAAAACGUGACGUCGGAAGGCUAUACACUAACAAGCCAAACACACCGAAACACAAACAAGAUCCCACAACCCAGGCAGGCAAACUGGCUGCCUAAGUAUGAUCCCCAAUCAGAGACAAUGAGCAACAGCUGCCUCUGAUUGGGAAUCACACCUGGUCAAACAUAGAACUACAAAACAGAUUUUCACACCCUGACCAAAUUACCCAAAUAAUAAGUCUCUCCAGGUCAGGGCGUGACAGUGUGUGUGUGUGUCUAAUUCAGUGCAAUAGCUACAGGCAGGAUAUCACACAGGAAGUGUGGGUGUUUCCACUAUCUCAGCAAUUGAGAAAAAGGGAUUUCACAAUGCAAUGAAGUCACUGAUAUACCAGUGUUAAAAAAUGUGAAAAUAAUUCAGACAUUUUAUCAUUGUGAAUAUCCUGGGCCUUGUUUCCCAGAGCCUUCGUAGCGCUAAGAUCAUCGUUAGAACCUUCUUACCUUGUAUCUUUAGUAGCCGAGGUGUUUCCCAGAGCCUUCGUUAGUAAUGUGGCACAUCUAGUGAUCCAGACCACUCGUAGAGCAGCCAAAGUGCAUCGUUCGAUGCUUUUUUGCCCUUUCGUGUCACUUUAUUCACAGAAGAUCUUUGCUAAACAUAGAAUCAAGAUGGUUAUGCUAUCUGUCUGACUGGGACUGCCGAUAUCUUCAGAACCAAGUUGACUACAAAUACAAAGUUGCCAAAGUAUUUGCAAUUGUUACAAACAAGUGAAGAAUAAAAUUAUGCAUCGAAUGAAAACCGAGAUGACUGCAUUAAAAUAUACAUAGCCUACAUAGGCUAUUUCAAUCAUAUUGAAAUCAAUGUCAUGUUAAAUCAAUUGAGUUCUAUUUUGCGACUAGGAUAUUGUCUGUCAUUUUUGCUUCAAAGUGUUUCAUGAUGUACAGUGGGGAGAACAAGUAUUUGAUACACUGCCGAUUUUGCAGGUUUUCCUACUUACAAAGCAUGUAGAGGUCUGUAAUUUUUUAUCAUAGGUACACUUCAACUGUGAGAGACGGAAUCUAAAACAAAAAUCCAGAAAAUCACAUUGUAUGAUUUUUAAGUAAUUAAUUUGCAUUUUAUUGCAUGACAUAAGUAUUUGAUCACCUACCAACCAGUAAGAAUUCCGACUCUCACAGACCUGUUAGUUUUUCUUUAAGAAGCCCUCCUGUUCUCCACUCAUUACCUGUAUUAACUGCACCUGUUUGAACUCGUUACCUGUAUAAAAGACAUCUGUCCACACACUCAAUCAAACAGACUCCAACCUCUCCACAAUGGCCAAGACCAGAGAGCUGUGUAAGGACAUCAGGGAUAAAAUUGUAGACCUGCACAAGGCUGGGAUGGGCUACAGGACAAUAGGCAAGCAGCUUGGUGAGAAGGCAACAACUGUUGGCGCAAUUAUUAGAAAAUGGAAGAAGUUCAAGAUGACAGUCAAUCACCCUCGGUCUGGGGCUCCAUGCAAGAUCUCACCUCGUGGGGCAUCAAUGAUCAUGAGGAAGGUGAGGGAUCAGCCCAGAACUACACGGCAGGACCUGGUCAAUGACCUGAAGAGAGCUGGGACCACAGUCUCAAAGAAAACCAUUAGUAACACACUACGCCGUCAUGAAUAAAAAUCCUGCAGCGCACGCAAGGUCCCCCUGCUCAAGACAGCACAUGUCCAGGCUCGUCUGAAGUUUGCCAAUGACCAUCUGGAUGAUCCAGAGGAGGAAUGGGAGAAGGUCAUGUGGUCUGAUGAGACAAAAAUAUAGCUUUUUGGUCUAAACUCCACUCGCAGUGUUUGGAGGAGGAAGAAGAAGGAUGAGUACAACCCCAAGAACACCAUCCCAACCGUGAAGCAUGGAGGUGGAAACAUCAUUCUUUGGGGAUGCUUUUCUGCAAAGGGGACAGGACGACUGCACCGUAUUGAGGGGAGGAUGGAUGGGGCCAUGUAUCGCGAGAUCUUGGCCAACAACCUCCUUCCCUCAGUAAGAGCAUUGAAGAUGGGUCGUGGCUGGGUCUUCCAGCAUGACAAUGACCCGAAACACACAGCCAGGGCAACUAAGGAGUGGCUCCGUAAGAAGCAUCUCAAGGUCCUGGAGUGGCCUAGCCAGUCUCCAGACCUGAACCCAAUAGAAAAUCUUUGGAGGGAGCUGAAAGUCCAUAUUGCCCAGCGACAGCCCCGAAACCUGAAGGAUCUGGAGAAGGUCUGUAUGGAGGAGUGGGCCAAAAUCCCUGCUGCAGUGUGUGCAAACCUGGUCAAGACCUACAGGAAACGUAUGAUCUCUGUAAUUGCAAACAAAGGUUUCUGUACCAAAUAUUAAGUUCUGCUUUUCUGAUGUAUCAAAUACUUAUGUCAUGCAAUAAAAUGCUAAUUAAUUAUUUAAAAAUCAUACAAUGUGAAUUUCUGGAUUUUUGUUUUAGAUUCUGUCUCUCACAGUUGAAGUGUACCUAUGAUAAAAAUUCCAGACCUCUACAUGCUUUGUAAGUAGGAAAACCUGCAAAAUCGGCAGUGUAUCAAAUACUUGUUCUCCCCACUGUAUAACGAUGCAUCUGGUACGUCAUCGUAAUGCUUAAGUUACAUUGCAACUGGGAAAUGAGGCCCAGAGGUGUUGGUAAUCCUAAAUUGAAUCCCUUGCAUAUCUAACCGUAACCCAUUCCAAUGUCAUCUCUCCCAUGUAGGAAGCUUGUCCUCUCUCCUGCGUUCCAAAUGGGGACCCCUGAAAGACAAUGAGGCCACCAUCAUUUUCUACACCAAGCAGAUCCUGGAAGGGCUUAAGUAUCUCCAUGACAACCAGAUAGUCCACAGAGACAUCAAGGUGAAGUGUCCGCAAGGAUACCAUUUAUUGUUGUUGUUGCUAAAUAAAUGUUCAAAAAAGUACCAAUACUACAGCAGAUUUUUAUUCACACUGUCAGAGCUGGGUCGUGUUCAUUAGGGACCAAAUGGCAGAAAACGGAGUGAAACAGGGAGGGACUUCCUGGACUUAAGAAACACUCCUUUUUGUUUUCCAUUUCAAAUUGUUUUGCUACGUUGUGCCCUACUGAGCAUGACCCUGGUGUAUGUUGCUUACUCAACUACUAAUGUGUUACCAUGUUUUUUGUGUAGAAAGUGUAUCCAGUGUAAGAAACUAGUCAUUUCCUCACAGGGUGACAACGUGCUGAUUAACACCUACAGUGGUGUUCUGAAGAUCUCUGACUUUGGCACCUCGAAACGACUGGCUGGAAUCAACCCCUGCACAGAGACCUUUACAGGUUUGUGGGUGUGCGUGUGUUUGUUUGAAGCUUUUGUAUGAGUGUGGUUGGGUAUGUGGCCAUUCUUUUUGCAUAUGAACAUUGUAUUUGACUUUGUUGGUAUGAAUAUUAUUUACAUGUGUUGCCUACAUGUUUGUGUAGGCAGGUGUCUAAAUGUCUCUGUGGUGUUGUAGGGACCCUGCAGUACAUGGCUCCAGAGAUCAUCGACCAGGGCCCGCGGGGUUAUGGGAAGCCUGCAGACAUCUGGUCCUUGGGCUGUACCAUCAUAGAGAUGGCCACGGGGAAACCACCCUUCCACGAGCUGGGCAGCCCACAGGCAGCCAUGUUCAAGGUAAUCUUUCUCUUAGAAACCAAAAGGUUUGGUAAUUAGUAUGUUAUUACAUUGUAGCCUAUACCUUGUAAGUACCUCUGAAUAUCAAACUGAAGACCGACUGAAACAGAUAGGGUCUACCUGAACUUGUCCAAUAAGAAACUCAGUUUCCUUUGCAAAACGUUUUUUACGUUGCAUGCCCUACUGAACACAACCCUGAAGUGUAUGUACUCUGUUCCCGUCUCCCUCUAGGUUGGUAUGUUCAAGAUCCACCCGGAGGUGCCGGAGUGUAUGUCAGGUGAGGCCAAAGGCUGCAUCAUGAGCUGCUUCACCCCGGACCCAGACAACAGAGCCACGGCCUCUGAGCUGCUCAAGGACUCCUUCCUCAAGUCCACCUCCCGGAGGAAGGCCAAGCCCCAGCCUGACACACUGCCUACAGAUGCUGGUGAAUCAUCAUCAUCAAUGUUAUAGUUAUAGAUAAUGUUAAUUUAAAUCACCAUUAUCAUCAUAGUUAUCGUCAUCAUCAUUUUUAUAGUCAUCAUUAUCAUCAUCAAUCAUCAUCUGUGCCAGAGUCUGGUCUUGUGGUAGCACUGCCUACUCCGGACCACAUACCCCCCGACGAUGGUAACGCACGCCCUUUCUUGGCCACUCCUAUCUGUGCCGUCUACUAUGUCUAUCUGUCUAUUUGUCUAUCUGUCUAUCCGUCUCUGCUUCUUUUAAAAAUACAAAUAAAAUACAAAACGGGAUCUGAAUUUCGAUCUCCUUUUAAAAAGGGAAAAAAAGAAUCAUCAUUAUAGUUUCAAUCGCCAGACUUAUUAUUCAUUAUUUUCAUAAUUGUCAGAAAUAUUAAUGGUUAUUGCCCUUGUCUGUGUAUUGUCUUCCUAAUUCAGAAACGCUAUGAUCAUCGCCAUUUCCGUCACCAUUACUGUGCUAAUGACUCUGCCCUGCUUUGUGUCCUGUAGGUGACAUCUACCAGCGGAGUAUGUCUGUCCCAGUGUCUAUACGUGUGACAGAUACAGACAGAGACACUGACAGGAUGGACCUGUCGUGCUCCUGGGACCUCCGGAGGACUAUCUCCCCCCUCAGAGGAAAUUACAUUACAGAGAGCCCACCCAGCACCAGACGCGUCCUGCCGUGAGUCAAAACAUCCUAUACCCUCUGGUUCCCAAUGUAAUUACAUCAGAUUUGUGAAACAACUUCAUUGUAGAUCAUUGCCUUACUGUAAAUGUAAUGCAAUAGAUAACCUAAAUUGUCAGAGAAAUCCAGCUUCCACCAUAUUGUCUUAUUUUCCAAUCACUGCAGAUAGAAGGGAGGAGUAGAGGAGAGGUCAAAUUUUCAAGCAAUUGAGAUAGAGCCCAUGCUAUAUAUUGCCAAGACCAUAUUUGUAUGGCAGAAUGUUUUAUCUCGGUGACAUUGGUGUCUCUCUGUCUCCCCCUUGUGGUGGCCAGGGUGUCAGAGGAGCCCAGUACUGUGGACAUGACGGCUAGUCCAGCCACACGUCAGGAGAGAACCUGGGCCUGUUCCUACUGAGGAAGGACAGCGAGAGGAGGGCCACACUGCACAGGAUCCUCACUGAGUACAUCACCGAUGUGGUGCACAACAUCCAGAAUACAUUACCUCAGGUAGAGAGAGAGAGAGAUCUUGGGCUGUAUGUAUCAAGAGUGUCAGAGUAGGAGUGCUGUUCGAGGCUCAGUUUUGCCUUUUAGAUCAUAAUAAAUAAGACAGGAUGGACCUGAUCUUAGAUCAGUACUUCUACUCUUUGACACUUUUUGAAUAUGGCCCAGAGAAGUAUCUAUCCCUUAUUGAGAAACAGUCAACUCCUGAUAAAUGCAAUGGCUUAGGAUUGUUAUGAGGGCAUGCACUCAACCGAUCGGAGCAUGCAUAUAUCCAGAGCAAUUAAAGACAAUGUAUGGUAAAAUAAUAAUAAUAAUAAUAAUAUAUGCCAUUAAGCAGACUUAGUCAUGCGCGCAUACAUUUUACGUAUGGGUGGUCCCGGGAAAGCAAACCCACUACCCUGGCGUUACAAGCGCCAAUGCUCUACCAACUGAGCUACAAAGGACCACAAGGCACAUAGACUGAGUAUACCCUUAUUAGGUGUCUGCUGUACAUUAGGUGUGAAAGAAUGAGUGUUUGUCUACAUUUGACAUUUGUAGGUUUCUUUGCCUAUAAUCCUUUUAUAAUGUUUCCUCUCUCCUUGCCUCUAAGCAGACAGACGUUGCGUCCGUGACCUCAGAGCAUAUCUCUGAGCUGAUUGGCUGCCUGCGGGAGAACAUCCGCUCUCCAGACCCAGGAGUUGCAACGCCAGUCCUUGAGGGCAGUAGCCCUGCCAGUUUCCAUUUCUCCCUGGCACGUGAAAGAUGACGUACUGUCAUUGAUUGGCCAUAUAUUUCACACACAUGGUUCCCCAGGUAUGAGAUAGUUAGUGAUCACAAGGCAAGGAUGGAGAAACAGUGGGAAGGGUGGACGUGGGAUUGAACAUUGGGAGUCGUAUGAAAAAUAAAAAAAUAAUGUAUGCCAGGAGUUUUACCACUCGACCACAGGCUCUGCAUCACACCCAAUACUGUUGUGCUAACCCGUUCUUCUCACUCCCUCGUGUGUGCAGGUGAAAAAAGUGUUGAGGCAGCAGCAGGUGAAACCUCACUGGAUGUUUGCUCUGGAUAAUCUGCUAAGGCAGGCCGUGCAGGACGCCAUCACUGUACUGUUACCAGGUAAGAACCAGCAGAGUCGGGCCCAAUUCUAUCAACUUCUAUCAGUUAAAUUGGACAUGGAAAUUCCUUAUAGAACAACAGUUCAAUUUCAUGAUAUGACUGGAAUUUGGAAUUGAGUUCAUCCUCGCCAUUCAAAAACCUCACUACCUCUGCCUCCCGAGUGGCACAGCAGUCUAAGGCACUGCAUUGCAGUGCUUGAGGAGUCACUACAGCCCUGGGUUCGAUCCCAGGCUGUGUCACAGCCAGCCAUGACCGGGAGACCCAUGAGGUGGCGCACAAUUGGCCCAGCGUCGUCCGGGUUAGGGGAGGGUUUGGCCGGCCGGGAUUUCCUUGUCCCAUCGCGAUCUAGCGACUCCUUGUGGCGGGCCGGGCACCUGUAAGCUGACUUCGGUCGCCAGUUGGACGGUGUUUCCUCCGACACAUUGGUGCGGCUGGCUUCCGGGUUAAGCGAGCAGUGUGUCAAGAAGCAGUGCGGCUUGGCAGGGUCGUGUUUCGGAGGACGCAUGGCUCUCAACCUUCGCCUCACCAAAGUCCGUAGGGGAGUUGCAGCGAUGGGACAAGACUGUAACUACCAAUUGGAUAUCACAAAAAUUGGGGAGAAAAAGGGGUAAAAGUACAAAAAAUUAUAAUAAUUAAAAAUAAUACUGUAUAUAAGAAUCUCACCACCUCCCAAAUCCCCACACACCACACACACACUCCUGCUCACACACACCUCAAUGACUUUCAGAGCUCAAGCUCCAGCUGCAGUCUUCCUUUGAGAAGGAGGAGAGUAGCCCAGAGAGAGAGCAGCAGCCCAGUGAGCUAGCAGAGACUCUGCCUGCAGUUUUGUCAGAUGACCAGGUGGUGGCGCCAGCUGACACAGAGACCAUAGAGGAGGUUCCAGAAAGCCCUUGCUUGCCCAAUGGCCUCCAGUACAACACUAACUGUCCCCUCAGUCACAAACUGAGAGAUCUACGGCUAGAGACUCGCAGGUUCAGUACCAUUUACUUAGCUGUUUAUAUUACAUUUCCAAAUGCUUUAUUGGUAUGACAAAAAUGCAUUUGUAUAGCCAUUUUAUUAUUUAUUCCACAUUUGAUGUGGGGUUUCCUUUUAUUUCACCUCUAGUAUAAUGGGCUUUAAAAUGGAAAGAAAAGAAGGCAAUUCCUACAGAUUCAGUGAACGAUGCCAGCACACCACCAAGGAUUACAUUGCAACCAGUUACAAUAUGGGCAGUGAAAUGAUAUGUGUAAAUAGUGAAAUGUACUGUUACUUCAGACCUGGUCCAUAAUGACUAAGUGUGUGUUUCAGACUGCUGACCCAGCUGAGUGAGAAAGAGAGGGAAUACCAGGAGCUACUGAGGAACUCUGUCCAGAGGAGACAGGAUCAGAUCGACACUACCAGGAAAACAUCAGAACCCACAGGUAAUGUUUUCACCUCCUACUCCCUCCCAAAGCAGUCUGACUGUUGCUAAUGUCUGCACAUUUAGGGCAGGUGUGUUGGUUACCAUUAUACGUUCUGGUGAAGUACCUUAGUGAGCUAAAAUCUGUGUCACUCUGCCACACCUUAGCAUGUAGCAAGACCGAACACUCAGUGCCAAAACAAUUAUGAAUAUCAACAAAAGAGUUGAGUGUUUGUGUAUGCAUGUAGACACUUGAGGUUGAAGCUUGUGGUAUGACAGUGGCCCCACAGGUUACAGCCUGCCUACUGUAAUAUUCCUAAAAUGGAGAGAUGUAAUGCCAUUGAGACACUUGGUAUUAAUCAGUAGCUCUAUAGGCCUUGUGAUUCACACCCUGUGUUUCUAAAUCUCUCCACACCUCACCCUCAGCCAGUGGAUUUCUGCUCUACUGGUUUGAGUUUAAGGCGUGUAGCUCAUUGCUGGUGAGAUUCGAGACUUCGAACCAGAUGUGUCAGUCAUAAUAAUGAUUAGAAACUGGCAUAGGAAAAUGGUGGACUGUUUUUGUUUAUAAGACCCUAAUUAACGCUUUUGCUUUGCAUCUGUCAGGUUUACUUCCUUUAACCAUGUUAAAGUAUACUGUUGCGAAUAGCCCCGACUGGGACUCAACCUCAGUCCCUGUGACUGUCAGUCUAACACCUUAACCAUUACUGAAAAUCUGCAUUUGAAAUACUCAGAAUGUUCAGCUUAGUAGCAUGAUUGCGCAAACUGGUGACCAGACCAUACCAACUUGUCUUCUCAUCCUCCUGUAGAUACAGAGUUGUCCCUGCAGAUAAGUUCUAACCCAGAAGUCAAAUCCUUGGUUUUCUGGCUGAAGGCUAUCCCAGUAGAUCAGGACACCAUAGACAAGGUAAGGAACUUCUAAAAUACUUUGUGAUUUAAUGAUGUGGGAUUGGUUACCAAAAUAUGGGGUGACUAUUGAUUGAUAGGUAACUACGUGAUUGGAAUGAACCAUCUAACUGGUGAAAAGAGUAAGCCUUAGUCACAAAAGUCUAUACCACGGAAAAUAUAUAAAAAAGUAAUCCAUUAUGACUAAAUUCUCUUUAUAAGGUAUUUCAGUUUCAGUCAGUGUUUGCUAGAGGCUUGUUCUCACUGAUGUUGUGUAAGUAGAAUUCACACUGUGUGCUUUUAUUUCUAGUUACUCUCUCACGAGUUCACCUUGGACUGUCUCCUCACCAUGGCCUGCAGGGAUGACUUGAUGUACUGUGCCAUAAGGUGAACUGCCUCCUCCAAUCAUGUUCACACAUCCUUAAAGCAGAAACAGGAAACAACUGAUCUGCGCUAGUGAGGAAAACCCACUGUUUUCUGUUUGGAUGGUUAUGUUAUUGUACUGUAAAUCGCUGAGAUGAUAUGUGUCAAUGUGUAUACAUGUGGAUGUGACCACUGUUCUGUGCAGUCUGAGGGUGUAUGGAUGUGACACACACACAUGGACACACACACACAAACGGUCUGUACUGUAAUGGUUGUUUUUUACUGUAACUGUUCCUGUUUCUCCUCCACAGAGGAGGGAUGCUGUGUCGUGUCUGGGCGGCCAUCACAACACAGAGGAAGUCACAGUUCAAAUCUCAGCUCAGUAUACACUCUGAAGAGAGCGAGGACACCAUUCUCUGA